AUGGCUGCUACCCUGGCUCGUCCACAAUCCCCUGCCAUGAAUGACCCUGUUGUUGUGGCUUUUCCCAUUCUAGGAGGUACCUUCAGGUGGCGUCGCCACGUCUUCAUGAAUGGUUUGAGUAUCAGCUCAGAGUCUGGAUUAUUCAGAAUUGCUAAGCAAAAGUUCUUCAACUUUGCAAAUCGAGGUAUGGCCAAUACUAAGGAUAAAAGCACAGACAAGCUGACCAUUCUUCAGGUUGGCAAAGAAGACUUCUUGAAGGAAAGCGACCACAAAAUUAAAGAGCUACAAGAAGAGCUUUGA